CACACCUCAGGGCCAUUGUUUACAUCCAUCCACAAAUGCCAUUUCUGGCUGUAUGUUUGUGAACCCAUACAGUGUUGGAGAGCUCCAGGAGACAGAGCAGUAGACGUCUGGACACAAACUCAGCUUCUUCCUUUGACUUCAGACUACAAUCUUUUGCACACUUCAGCACCUGUUCACCUCAGACUGGAGUCUGCGUGGAUUUUUUCCAGCAAAAUUUUUUUGUUUUAAUUAGAUCCUCCGUCAGCUGCAACCAUUUCACCCCCGCCGGCCAUGUACAGUUCCAGCUACUCCCGGGCCAAGUUUGGCCUGGAUGCAAGGGAACCACUGCACCGGUCCAAAGGGAAGAGCUGUGGCUACUACAUGAGGAUCAUCUUCUUCUUUUCUUCUCUCAUCCAGUCCCUCAUCAUUGUCAGCUUGGUACUCUUUCUCAUCUAUGGACAGCCGGAGAAGUCUGCAGAGGAGAAAAGGGUCAAGGAGCUGGAGCUGGGCUUCAACCAGCUGAGUCAGAACAACAUCCAGCUGAGGAAGGAGAAAGGCGAGCUGGGAGCUCAGCUGGGAGCGCGCACGGCCGAGAAAGAUGCUCUGCUGAAGGAGAUGGCCAAGAUGAAAACUGAUGCCAACACCACCGAACACGAAAUAAAAAAUAAACUGCUGACGUGUGAAAAUUCGAAAGCUAUGAUACAGAGGAUGAUGGCACAGCGCUCCUCCACUCCGGUCCAGUCUCCUUCCAUGGUCACGACGAGCAGUGAGUUAAAGGCCCUGCAAAGCCUCAAUGCUCAGCAGAGAGCGAUGAUCACUCUCAUAAAUUCAAACUUCUCUCAGAUGGUUCAGUAUCUGAGCCUCGAGAGAGACAACGCCCUGAAAGACCGAGACAAAGUCACAGAGGACGCCAUCUACCUGCGCCGCGAGAACACCAUCAUGAAGGAGCAGCUCACCACCUACACCAAGAAAUGUAAAGAGGAUUUUGCUCAUUCACUGGAUGGGAUCCAGUCUGUGACCCGGGAUUUCCUGAACCGGAUCAACACCCUGUUCCCUCACCAGCUGACCUUUCACCUCACCUGUGACCGCCAGCAGGAGGAAAUGGAAAAGAUCAGGAACAGCUGCACUAACCUGUCAAGAGACGUGGAGAAUAAGUUCCAGCUGUAUCUGGACAGUGUGGGUAACAAGGUGGCGGAGAUCCAGGCGCAGUCGAGCCGUCUUGAGGUGCUAAAUGUACAUCUGAGCUCGGAGGCGAAGCAGUGUGAGCGUAGACGCAGUGAGGCUGCUGCCCAAGCUGCCAAACAGUUAGAGCUCAUGCAGAAAGACCACGACGACAAGGUGGAGAAACUGUUGAUGGAGCAGAACAGACUGAGAGAGCAGAAGAAACUGCAGGAGGACGGUCUGGCUCUGAGAGAGAAGGAGGUUCAUACACUCCAAGCAAUGCUGGCCAACUUGAAGCCUGGCCCUCCUAAAGUUCCUGGUGUAACUGGAAAUCCACAGCAGGGCCGAUAGACGGUUGGAUGAAAUAAUCCAGUCAUCCGUCCUGUGGCUUCAGCUUCUUUUCCUCUGAGGGAGGGCAGCCAAGUCCAAAAGAAACUGUGCUCAGCAUUUAUAUAAAAGCAUGUACAUACUGCCAUGACUGCACACUUCAGUAGAGCACCCUUGUAAAUAAUAUAUCUUUUUAUAGAAAACAUCAAUUUGCUGUUCUGUUGUUUAUUUCCACCUGUAGCUACAGAUCAAUGUGUAUGAUUUUAAAGUUUUGCUGUGAAAAAUGUCAUUGUCACUCCAGGAUUAAUGUAAAAUGAGCAUGGGCAGUGAUGUAAAUAUUUUCUGAUGUGUCACUGAUACUGAUUGAUGAUUUGACUGUAAAAUAUAUUCUUUACCACAGAAAUAUCAUUAAACAAACAAAUUCCUCACCUUU